AUGUCUCCCCUUGUCGCCGGGCUAUCGACUAUGUGGUUCACUACGAAUUCUGCCCCGACGCAGUCUGGGACUCAGAAGGCAAGAACGGAAUUCCAUGCGAUUGCUCGUUCUAUGACCAAGCCCAGUCUGUGGACUACUCGAACCCCUGCGCUACAUCAGGGUGUCUUGUGUCACCAGACUGUAGUUCGGGCACCUGUCGCCUGCAGGAUCUUGGAGGACGUUGGACAUGCUGCCAGUGCCAGAGAGGUAACAAUGUGCUGCGAUGGUGUGGUCAUAAGAUGA